ACCACACCACCAAUUCACAAGCACCAUUCACCAUGGACAUGAUAGUGGCCUCCCGCAGAAGGGCUCUGGAGACACGGAGUAACCGCGCGCCGUCCUCCACUAUGCGCUCGUGGGCUAAAAGCAGUCCUCUGUCUUUCAAAAGAUCCACAAAUAUGGCCGCAUCCAGGGCUGCGUACAGCCCCGCCGUGCUCGCGUCUCCGGAAGGCUUCGAGCUGAGCGCGGCGCUCAGUGGAGAUCCGGUGCGCAGUAACGAGAAGGAGCAGCUCCAGGGGCUCAACGACCGCUUCGCCAGCUACAUCGACAAGGUUCGCUUCCUCGAGGAGCAAAACAAGCAGCUGGAGGCAGAGAUCCAAGCGCUGAAGCAGCAGAACUUUUCGCAGUCCCUGCAAAGCGAUGCGUACGACCGCGAGCUCCAAGACCUGCGCUGCGCCCUGGAACAGCUCCACAAAGAGAAGGCGCAGAUGCUGCUCGACACGGACCACGUGGAUGAGGAUCUGCAGCGGCUCCGGGAGCGCUACGAAGAUGAAGCCAGGCUCAGGGAGCACACGGAGGCUGCGAUCCGGGGCAUGAAGAAAAACAAGGACGACUCGCUUCUGAUGAAGCAGGAGUUGGAAAGGAAGGUCCAGGCGCUCGUGAACGAAAUGGACUUCUUGCGGCAGAACCACGGGGAGGAGAUCAGCGAGCUUCUGGCUCAGCUUCAAGCCGCGCAGGUACCGGUGGUGGAGAUGAGGGACCUCCAGAAGACCGACAUCACCUCUGCGCUCCGGGAGAUCCGCGCGCAACUGGACGGGCUCUCCUCCAAGAACCUCCAGCAGGCCGAAGAGGUGUUCAAGUGCCGCUAUGCCAUGCUGACGGACGCCUCGGAACACAACAAGGAUGCUAUGAAGUCUAUACGGGACGAGAUCGCAGACUACCGCCGUCAGAUCCAAGCCAAGAACAUUGAGCUGGAGGCUCUUCGUGGCACCAAAGAUUCAUUGGAAAGGCAGCUGCAUGAUUCAAGUAUUAAAUGUAGAAUUGAUUUAUUGCAUCUGCUUCAACAGGAAAUGAUUCACCAAUUGGAAAAUGAUCUGAAAGGAACAAAAUGGGAAAUGGCUCGUCAUCUUCGGGAAUAUCAAGAUCUGCUUAAUGUCAAGAUGGCACUGGAUGCUGAAAUAGCAGCUUACAGGAAAAUGCUGGAGGGUGAGGAGACGCGCUUCCGUACCGUCCCCGGACGUAUUUCAACCCCCGUGUUUGCCUACAGCCAGCCUAAAACCUCUAAGGUCAAACAUAAAAUAGUGGAGGAGAUCAUCCAGGAGACCAAAGGAGAGAGUGACCUUGACGAUGAUCUGGCAGAGGUGGCUAAAGAAGUGGCGGAAGAAGCUGGUGAGGGUGAAGAGGAGGAAAAGGAGGAAGAGAUUGUCACCGCCAGUGAGGCCAAAGUGAGUUCUGCUGCUCCUGAGGCUGAAGAAGAGGAAGAGGCAGAAGGAGGAGAAGAGGAAGAAACAGAAGCUGCUGAGGAGGAAGAGGAAGCAGAAGAGGGGGAAGAAGCGGAAGAAGGUGAGGAGGAAGAGGAACAACAAGUGGAAGUGAUCGAGGAGACAGAACUCUGUGGUGAUACAUCUCCAACAGCAGAGAAAGAAGGCAGCGAGAAAGACGAAGAAGAAAAGAAAGAGGAGGAGGAGGAGGAGGGUGGUGAAGAACAAGAGGCAGAGAGUAAAGAAGAAACCAAAGAUGAUGAGGAGGAGAAAGAAGAAGCUGAUGAAAAAGAGGAGACCAAAUCCGAAGGAGAUGAAGAGAAGAAAGAUGAGUCUGGAGGAGAGGAAACGAAGGCUGAUUCAGAGAAGAGUGACAACAAGAGCGAUUCAGAAGAAGACGAGAAGAAAUCAGCAGAAAAGGAGAAACCAGUAGAAGAAAAAGAAGAAGAAAAGGAAGAAGCCAGUCCGAAAGAAGAGGUCCAAACCAGAACAGUGGAAACCAUCACCAAUGGAGACAAGGAGAGCAAACCUGACACAGAGAAAGAGAAGAAGUCCGAGGAAAAGCCUCAGGAGAAAAAGAAAGUCACCAAGAAGGUGGAGAAAGUCAGUCUGCAGGCAAAGAAGGAAAUCAAAGGAAAAGACUGAUGCAAAUGACUUUGACAGGGAAUUAGUUAUAAUCAAUUGUUAGAAAUAAUUCUAUUUGAUGCAAAUGGCGUUUGAUGCAUCUAGCAAAAAUAAUUGCAUGCAUGGUAAUGACUGACUUGCAUGUGUGGUCUGGAGCCAUGCUGAGCCGUCGCGACUGAAACAGAAACUAUAACGCGUUUGAAUUAAUGUGCAAGUACAUUUAUGCUGCUAAUGACUCGAAUGGUGAGAGAUUUUACACGAAUGUGAAGUUCUUCAGCAGUUGUUUGGCAAUAAUGGUGCUAUAAUAUCAUCACUCGCAGGCGUACUUUGAGCUGUAACUCCAUU